AUAGGAAUCGAUGAAAGCAUGUGAGAUCUCAUGGGAAAAGUGGGGCGCCUUGGCACUGACUGGCGAUGCGUUGCGAUGACUUCGAUCAGCGGUGAUGUCGGUGCGUGCCCUCUACAACCACGUCUAUACAGCCCGCCAGCACACUUCAGUCGCGUCGCACACGAAUGCCCCCUCCGCGCCUCUCCCGCACUCCGCCCCUCCCUCGAUACUUUUGCCCGCAGCUGCGGCACAUGCGACGCAAGCAACCUCGAGCCACCACCAAGCCGCCCGCGCCUACGAAUCCUGUGUCUAAGACUCGCGCAUACAACGAAGCCUUGCGCUGAAAGAGCGAACAAGACAAGCUCUCACAUAUUUGCUUGACGAGUUGUCUCUGAAACCUUUGUGUGCACCACAAUGCCAGAGUAGGAGGGCGUCGCUGGUUGUUUCUACGCCGAACAGGCCAAAUAAGACACGAAUCUAUACAAGACGAGACAUUACCCCCAUACUCUGUCUCGUAGCCUGUAGACUCUCCUUCCAUCGCCUACUUCGUUUCUGUCGCGGACUCGCCGAACUGGCUACAACCCUCAUCACGGAUCGCGCACCGACCACGACGAACCAGCGCAAGAGCGUAAGUUCCGCGGAUAACAGCGUCAGUCGACGCUCCUUCCUGGACCACGAUGCAGCAGGCCGUGGGGACGCGCAAACGGCCAGCACCUGGCGCCUCGCCAUUGGUGCAGCAGCCCAUGACGCCGCAGUCUGCCUUCUACCAGCCGAUGCCCGACAAUGCCGCUGAUUUCAACAACAAUUUCGACUUCGCAAACGGGUUUGGCAAUGAUCAGACAUUCUCAACCCCAACCUUUGAUGACAGCAAUCAGUUCGCUUUCAACAACGCACAGCCGCAAGCAUACAACGCCGGCCUCGCGCCAGGACAGUCCACAGAUUUGGUGAGGCGGGGCAGGAAUCAACAGCUGGCGGCCCCAAACGGAACUGUGCAACAAGAGGCGUGGAACGGGAGUAGCUACGGCAACAUGACGGGCAAUGGGCAAGAAGAGAGCGAGUCAGAUUUGGAGGCUAAGGUUGCGCUGGCGAAGCGAGAAGCAUCAGGAAAGAGGAAACAGAUUCCGCCAUUUGUGAUGAAGUUGAGCAGUUUCCUCAACAAGGAAGACAACGCCGACAAGAUCAAGUGGUCGGAAGAUGGACGCUCUUUCAUCGUGCUCGACGAAGACGAAUUCGCUCGAACACUCAUUCCGGAACUCUUCAAGCACAAUAACUACGCCUCAUUCGUGCGGCAACUCAACAUGUACGGCUUCCACAAAAAGGUCGACAUCGCCGACGGCUCGCUACGACAAUCCGAGUCAGCACGGAAGGGCCAAAAGCCGCCGAGCAUGUACUCGCAUCCCUAUUUCCGACGCAAUCGGCCUGACCUCUUGUGGCUCAUCCAGAAGCCUACUGGCAAAUCGGGCGCUAAGCGGAAGCGCGAUGGCACAGUCAAAGGCGAAGGCUACGACAGCGACGAUGAGCGGCAAUUCUCGCCAGGCCCCGAAGGGAGACCUAGUGGAGAAGUCGGAAAUGUUGGCGCCAACGGUCUGGCACAGAUGCCACGAACUGAAAUGGCCGCUGUACGCCAAGAGCUGAAGAAGCUUCAGCAACAGCAAGGCAUGAUCUCGCGCAUGAUCAAUCAACUGAAGGAGCAGAACGAGCACUUCUACCGGCAGGCUACUGCCUUCCAAGAACUGCACGAUCGGCAUGAGAACUCGAUCAACGCUAUCUUGACCUUCCUAGCCACAUUCUACAACAGAAGCCUCGAAGGGCAUUCCGGACCUGGUGUCGUGAACAUGUUCGGCAACCAGACACAGAACAGCCAGCAGCAACAUGGCAGUGUUGUUGAGGAGUACCAUGACAGCACGACUGAUGCAAGCAACCAGGUGCAGCGCUACACCAAAAAGCCACAACUACUACUAGGUGCGCCUCACGCCAAAGACUCCACCAGUGGUACAGUCACACCCAACUCUAGGCAAUCCGUCAGUCCGCCAGGGGGUAAUUCGCCACCACUCAAACAUGAUAGCUCCGCCGCACUACGACCUGGAAGCACAGAUCCUGUCAACGGAAGAGGCACCUCGGCGACCAGCCCUGUGAUCAAAGAGGAUGCUGAAACCCCAACCUACCUCAACUCGGUACCUGAUAACAACCAAGUCAUGAGCUACAUCAACAACGCCAAUGCAACCAGUGCAUCAACAGAGAAUACCCCUGCAUUCGACAUAUCUGCCUUGGGAGACUACUCGAACGCGGUUGGUGGACUGACACCGCAACAGAGAAGCACUAUGCUUGCAAUGAUCAAUCAACAUGGUGGUGCUUCAUCGAACGAGAACAAUGCUCUUGUUGCGCCAAAUGCGCCUUCAGUACAGCAGCACAUGGAGAACAUCAAGCAAAACAAGGAGCAACUCGAAGCGCUGACUGCCAUGCAAGCUUCUACCAAUCAGUCCAUCCAGAACAUCCAAGAGAGGAUAGGACAAUUCUCACCUGGCGCACCUUUUAGUGGAGACGACGCAGGCGGCUCACUUCCGGAUUUCAUAAUGGACGAUUUGCUUCAAGGACCCGUCAACGACAGCGACUUCAACAACUUCGACAAUAACUUCGAUUUUCAAGCUGCAGCAGAGCAAACGAACCCAGACUGGAAUAAUGACUACUUUGGCGAAGCUGGUGACACUGGAGCAGACAUGUUCCAAACCGAUGGGACCAACGGCCUGGAUCACGAUCAUCUUGCGGUGUCUUCUGGAGGCACAGGAACGGUUGAGGUUUUGAGCAGUGAAGCGGCAAGUCCGUCGGCGGCUCAGAGCGUAUCAGAGGAUGUAGAGGGACACGAACUGGACACAAAAGCGUCGAACAAGAAGAGGCGCGUGAAAUGAACAGACUUGCACAUGUUGGACCGGCAUUGUAGCUGACUUCUGGCUUAGGGAGGGCUGAGAUAGAGAUGGCUCAGAGCUGUCUUCUCGCGUACUCCUGUUUUGCAUAACUCACGACGUAACGAGUUUCUUUGCAUCAUGCUCAACUCAUAUCUGCACAUGAUGAACGAGUUGACGCAGAAGCUGAAGGUGGCAUAGAUACCCUAUGAGAUAAAACCUG